AUGUCUUGCACCCAAGCAACCCAACCAUUCCGCUUCCUGGACCUGCCCGGAGAAAUCAGAAAUAACAUCUACGACCUGCUGCUAUGCUCCUGGGAAGAUGAACUCGAGCAAGACCCCAGCAUGAGCAGCAAGCUGAGCCGCCGCAGCCCAAGCAACCCAUCACCCUCGCUCCUCCGCGCCAACAAGCAGAUCUACGCCGAAGCGUCAGACUACAUGAUCAAGCGCAACCAAUUCGUCCGCAUCACAUGCCGAGGUCUGGACUCCCGUAACCUGUUCCUCGGCGAAGGCAUUCCCGUCAUAACAACCGAUGCACGCAAAGUAAGCGUAUUCGACGGCCACGUCAUGCACAUCACGCUGUCCAAGCCCGCGUUCACGCCAUCGCCAUUCCAGUUCUCCGAGUUCGAGAUCAUGAUGCUCCGGUCAGAUCUGCCGAAGUUGUGCGAGCAGCUGGACAUCGAAACCGUAAUGGCGGAUGCAAACUCAACCACCACAGAACACGCCUCCAUCAACGCCACCAUCCGUCUCAACUACGCGCAAACCCGUUUCUUCACCCCGAAGAUCCAGGAACGUCUCCUAGAGCCCAUUGCGACAUGUCUGCGCGGCAUCCCCAACAUGCGCAUCUCCGGCUUCGUCGAUCCCGCCCUCGCAGACAGCGUGCGCACGCAAGUCGCGCAACCCCGCUGGACAGACCCUGAGUCCACAAUCGAAGAAAUCGGCACCGGCGUCGACGUUGGAAAGCGCCAGUGGCAACAAUCCAAUUUCUACGCAGCUUCUGAAUCCUGGGCCUACGCCAUGCGCACCCUCGAGCGCAUGCGCCACUCCUCCUCGUGGGCGGGCCUGCAAAAAGCCGGCGGCGAGGAUUUCGUCAAUAAAACCGCCGAUCUCUAUUUUACACUCAACCUCUUCCACGCACAAUUCCUGCAAGUCGAUAUGGCGAACGACGCAUCUCAGGGUCCUCUUGUGCAGCGUAAUGGCCGUGUUGCGAUUGGCCAUUUGCGCAAGUGCGAAACGGCUGCUGCGCGGUUUGCGCAGCAUGCGGGUGCGACGUGGACGCCGAGUAAUGCGCAGAGCGCUAAGAUGCUGUUCAGGCAUGCGAGGUGUUUGAGGUUGAUGCGUGAUGAGAAGAGUAGUGUUAAGGCGGUUACGUUGAUUGAAGAGGCGGCUGCGCUGCAGCCGACGGAUUUGGCGAUUAGGGAUGAGAAGGAUGCUGUGCUUACUUGGGAGGCUGAGCUUGAGGAGGCAAGGAGAGUGAGUGCGGAGCAGAACCAGCAGUCACAACAAAAUGAGAGGAGGGGUGUUUGGUCGUCGAUCUGGGGCGCGGUUGCGGAGCUGGCAUCCUGA